CGUAAAGUUUUCGCUAGCCCUCGACGUGCAGUUUAUCGGGCCAAGCACCGCUGUCUGCGGUACCCUAGUAGUGUAAGGAGCCACAUUUCGAAGUACUCCCCCCGUUUUGAUAUGAAAAUUACAACCCAAAACCGAUCGCAAGAUGACUGGCACUGUUAAGUACGCCCUAUUAUUCUGAGGAAGACGCGACGAUUAAGAUUAUCACGAUGUCCACCAUGUCUUCCCCGCCGCUCCUGGCGGAGGUGAAGUUCACCGCAACCAUUCAUCAAGCGACUCAGAAUUCCACCGCUGCUGCUGGAACCAGCAUGAAAACUACAAACCCAACCUCCAUCACCGUUGCGGAGAACUGUAAGAAGGGCAAGUUCCGCAUCCCCCCGACCUUCUCCCUCCCCUCCUUCAACGGAGGGAAAAAAUCGUCGUUACUCCCCUCCACGACGAUCGAAACCCUGGCGCACAUCUUGUGCGAGUUUUUGAAGUUGCAGCCGUUUUGCAAGGCGGAGCGCAGUUUGUCGCUCUGUUGUUCAUCCCCCGUCGUGACGGAGCUGUACCUUGUUAGUAAGGAAGAGGAAAUAUCAAAUGCAAAAAUGUCUGGGUCUGGAAGGUUACCAGGUUUGUCAUGCAUAUUUUGCAUGACUCAGGAUGUCUGUAAUGCAUGAUCUAGCAUCACAUAUUUUUAGAGGCCUUCCUGAUACCUAUCCCGCAUGACAAAUGCCCUCCCCGCGUAGCACAAACUGGGCUCCUCUUGCUGGUCAUGCAAUACAAAUUCUUUUAGAGUCCAAAGUUAGCAUCACAAGUUCCAACCUUCCAGACCCAGACAUAUUUGCAAUGCAUAGGAAACGGGGGAGGAGUUCGAGGAGUACAUCGACUGCACCGUCUGCGGCGAAAGCGAACUGGCGGCGUUCUUACCGAGUUUUGGUUCAACAUCUGGAGGUGGUUCAAGUACGGGAAAGGAUGCGAACGGAGGCGGAAACAACAAGUUGCAGCUUCGGGUCGUGUUUGCGUUUGAAGAGAAGAACGUUGGAACAACAAGCACGGGAGCAAGUAGUGUUCUUCCUCCAGACACUUCUGGCAAGAACCUCGCUGGAGCUGCUGCGGGAGUUGGUCGUCUCGCGGGAGCUGCUCCUGCUGCAACGCUGAAGCGACCGGCAGACGAGGGAAAGGACCCGGAGCGAGGACAGCUGGAGGGCGAGGGGGGAGAAGAGCGAAAAGAAGACCACGCGGGAGAAAACGCUCCUGGAGACGAGGAACAGGAGGCGCAUCAACCAAAACGGCAGAAGAACGGAGAUCUGGAAACGGAGCUUCAGGAUCGCGCAAGGAAAGACGUAGACGAAGCAAUGAGAAAAGCGGAAGCACAAAUCAGAGAACAAAAAGACAAGUCGAAUCAAGAAGCCUCAAAACGUCAGUUCUCGAUUGUCUGUCGCACGCUAUACGGAGGUGAGAAAAUUCAACACAACGCCCAAGGAGCUCCGAGCAUCACGUCUGGUCGGGGAGAAAAUACUAAAACGGUGUACCGCGUUUCCAAGGUUGAUGACCAUGGAAAUAUUUUUUCCUCCUCGUCGGAUAAUUUCGAAGGAAACAAUAUUAACUUGCUGACAACUAACAAAACUGCAGCAGCCGCAAGUUCUUCCUCGUUCGUGAAUGCUACUCCUUCCCCCAUGAUUUCUUCCACAGAGAAUAAAGUCAUUUCCCAGCUUUCCGACCUGAAACUCGCGAUUUGCAAGGACGAGUUCGGGGAGGAAUUUGAAAAAGAAAACUUGAUUGCCAUCCCGGACAAAUGCGAGCUCCCGCCGGGCGAGAACACGGGCUUCAGCAGUGAGUGUGCGAAUUUCUGCACGUGUUUGUAUGCGAAACGGAAGUUUCUGGACUUGGCGUUCGACCGAGCGGCGAAGGUGAGCUGCGAAGAGUUUGGGACGAUUUGGAAAAACAAGAAAAAGGGAAGUACGCAAGAAAAGGGUGAAAGGGAAGAAGAACUGAACGCGUGUGAAAAUGACGAAGUUUUUCCUGAAGGAGGUGAGAGACGGAUCAUAUCUGAAAAAGUCCGCGCCGAUUUUUCCACGGCAGUGAAUGAGGACUGCCACAUCUGUCUCGGAUUGCUCUCCAAACCCGAAGACGACGGCACGUUGAUUCCGAAAAACGAAGAUGUGGAUGAGAUUGAUGAUGCGGGGCACCUCGUGAGAAAUAAAUCCCGCAAAAGAACUACAUUAGACAAGCAGAAGAGUUUAGUGGUUGGGGGAAAGUGCCGCCACUUCUUUCACUACUCCUGUCUGCGACACAAGCAUCUAGAUCCGCAUUUCCGCUUCCAGUGCCCGGUGUGCAAAGAGGCCUUGGAACUGAUUCAGGAUGAUGAGAUUACAAAGGAGAAAAAGCCGCCGGCGGUGCUGAUUUACCAUAAAAGUGCCAAAGCGGCAGGGGGAGCAGAAACAGGGAACAGUUCUUCGGCCACCGGAUUUGUACAAAGUCGCCAAAAUUCCAAGUCCACCACCGAAGAAAACGGCAUCGUCUGUAUCGAAGGCCGGGGGGAGAACGCGGCUGAAUUCCCCCGCAGUCCUGUUUGUCACAUCACUGCCGGGAUGCUCUUUCCCAGGGAUGCGAACAUCGCGACGCAGAUGCCGAGUUUGAUGCUGCCCACCGGGAUCAACCAAGACCUGCAGCGCAAGCAGCUUUACGCCAACGACUUGAUCCGUGGCGGAAGUGACCAUAACCACGCUUUUUUUGACCUUUCCAACUGCGGCACGACGACUUCCCCCGUUCUGCACUACUGCGGGCUGCACGCGCACAGAGUGGAGCAAAAGAUCAAAAUAGAAGUGAAAAGCCUCCCAAUCGCGCCGCGGACACGGAAGAUCGAAAUUAACCGACUCUACAUUCAAAACCGGUUAUCCACCCUGUGCCGCCAAAUCGGGUCGGAAAUCGUGGAAGCGACACCGGAACUCGCCACUGCCAUGAUGGCGCGGCGGAUUGUGCUGGUGGCUGCGAACGGAGUUCCGGUCAAGGUGUCGAAGGACCACCGGGUGAUCGACAUUUUGCCCAACCAGCAGAAGCUAGCGCGGGAAGUCGCGCUGGUUUUUGAGUACGAGCAGGAACCGCGGAUUGAGGUGGAUUUGUUCGCGAAGGGACUUGCUGCCCCGAUUUCCUCCAUGGAACAGCUGCUGAAACUCGCGAAUAAAGCGGCAGAGAAAAUGAAAAAGGAUGAUGGCGAGGAACUUGAUGAAGAAGACCAGGCGGACUUUGGAGCAGCGGCAGCUUCGUCGUCUUCUAGCAAUACUGCGGCCCUUGUUCAGUUUUCUGCAUCUACUUCGCGUCAAUGUCACAAAAAGCGGCGUCAUGCCCUCGAGCUCUACGUCAAUUUUCGUCGGUCCUACACUGCGAGCGCACUACCUACUCCGGACGACGGGAGCGGACGGGCGAAAGCCGUGCUUUCCUACAGUGACGUGUGGGUGCCGUAUGUCGGGAACGGGUGUUUUUUGGACGGACCGGUCUUGAAGAAAGUGGAUUUGGCAGCUAGUACCAGUUUAUUCGACGCCGCAACCAAUGCUGGCAACAACAGUACUACUUCUACCGAGGACGCGGACGGUCACAAAAACCGCGAAAAAACGAAGGAAGCGUACUCACACAUGCUUUCUGUGCUUCAGUGCAUGCAGAAGAAGUGGAAACAGGUGAAGGGAUUGGAAGCGGGGGUUCUGUCCGCGCUGUUUCGUUCCUUACUGGACAACUGGAACCCCGCUGCGGACGCCUUGCACCUGUUGCUGACGCGAAGAGAAAAGCAAAUCACCAACGCGGACCUGGGUGCGCUGGUGUCUGGCCUGAUCUACGUGUUGCAAAAGACCACCCUGCCCAGGAAAGGCGGGUUUGCGGAGCUACUUUCCUCGGAAGAAAUGCUGGACGCGAACGAAGCACAAGCUGUCGGAUUCAUGUCCGAUGAUCAGCCACUCACGACCACUGAUAAUGCGACUAGAUCGGGAAGCCGUGAUGUUUUGAAGAAAAUCCCGAGUCCCGACUGUCUUUCCAACGUGAAGUACGUGUGCUCCGCGCUGAUUUGGCUUUUCGAAACUUUGAAAGAAGUCGAGGCGGAGUUUCCCCUGCAGGAACAAGUCAUCCCCUCGGAUUUUUUUCUCGAUUCUGCGACCGCGAAAGCAGAGACCACGGCGAAGAAAGAUCAGGAAAGGAAGACGAGCAAAAGCCCGGCGGAGAGACGGGAAAAAGCCGAAGAGGACGAUGCAAAAGUGGAACACACCGACGCGGCGCAGUCUUCCUCUGACAGCUCGGAAGAUGAUGAGAGCGGUCCCAGCAAGGCCGGCGCUGCGGGGCGUCUGAUUUCGAAGUGCAUCUUUCGCAAAACGGAGUUUCCGCUGACGGAGCAGGUUGUUAGGGCGGUGGAGAAGAAGUUAGGCAAAAACCACGUAAAAGCAUCUGUUAUCGCAGAGACAGACGAGGACGUGGACAUGGACAUGGUGUCUGAUGAUCACGGUGAUGAACGGAUGCCGGACCAUGUUGGAAACAAAAUCGCCCAAACUAGCACUGCGCCAUCCUCCGUCCACUCCCGGCUGCUGAAACUUUUCGGCACGUAUUUCCUGCAACAGCAGGACGACCUCCAAACCUCGACAACAAACCUUACACACCACCGUUUCCUUUCCCUCGCAUCUGCCACCGGCGGCACAGCUGUCACGACCUCUUACGGGAGAAAUUCCACGACGAGCAAGCACGUCCACCCAAUCUUCGAGUUGAAAUCGGCGAAGGCGGCGCUGAAUUCGGCGCACUCCGAGGGGACGCUGACCUUGAACCCGAAGGGCCGGGUCGUCGUUUGCCGGGGCCGGCCGCCGUGCGACGCGGGAGCGAAUCUGUUGCUGUUCGACCCGAUUGCGGGCGAGGAGUUGUCCUUCGGAGUGGCGAUUCUGACCGCGGCAAACGCGAAAAGGGGUACAACCAUUGGGGUCUUGUCGGACAAGCGAGAGGUGCAGAACGACGUGGAUCUGAAGGAGGGCAUCGCCUGCGUCGUGGAUUCCAGCUACAGCAUGAGUGAGUCCUCCGGGUUCGGCCGGCGGGAGCGGGAUAUCAACUGAAAAAAUGUCUGGGUCUGGAAGAUUGCAAACUUGUGAUGGAUGCGCAUUUCAGAACACAGAAAAAUCUCUCAUGCAUAGGCAGCAAAAGUUGCCCGCUUUCUGUCACCAAAAUGGGGGAUUUCUUAUGCGGAUUCGGCAAUGAUUGCGGAAGCUUCUCGAAACCUGUGAUGCUAGAGCUUCCAUGCCAGAGCUUCUGUGUCAUGCAAAAACAGCAUGACCCUUCCGGACCCAGACAUUUUUGCAAUUCAUACGGGACGAGGUGGAGCGAAAUUACGACUCGAAACGGGCCAACGGCUGGGACGAGGACCCGCCGGAGGAUGACGAUGAAGACCGUUUAUCCGAGGAACUGGAAAAGUUCGGGAACCACCCGAAUCUCUUCGAUUUCCGGUCCGUGAUUGAACGAAGUGGGGACAAGCGGAAGGCCGCGGAGUGCAUCCUGCAGGAGCUGUGCCGGUUGACCUGGGUUAAGACAAAGGAUCCCGACGCGGAAGACCGGCGGCGGGUCUUUACCAAACACCGGGAAAAGUUCAUCCGGGUGUUGCUUUUGGCCGCGAAAGGGGGAGAUGGUUGUACUGGAAGGUGGAACAAUAGUUCUUCUUUUCAGAGGAUCACGCGGCAUGGGAACAUCAAUCUCGAGGACGACCACGAAGGUGACGCUGAUGCGUCAACCAGUGAAGUAGACGUCGUCCCCCACAUGUACCUCUGUCCAAUUACGCGUGAAUUACUGGAAGACCCGGUGAUUGCGCCGGACGAAUUCACCUACUCGCGCCACGCGAUCGAGACGUGGCUGGAGCGGUCGAAAAAAUCCCCGAUGACAGGGAUCGACAUGGGAAAGAAGAAGUUGAUGGCGAACAAAACGCUGAGAAUCGGUUUGGAAGAGUGGAAAGAAGCCCGGGAGAGGAGGAGAAAUGGGCAGCGCGGGUGGGCAUCAAAUGGCGGAAGUGGAGCCUCUUCGUCUUCAGCUGUUUUGGUGAAUAAUAUCACUGGAAAUAGUAAUAGUUUCCGUGCGACGUCCUCCUCUUCGUCGCUCUUCGGGAAGAACGUGCUUGGGACGACGUCGAUGUUGUCCACUGAGAACUUCUCUGAUGACGUUUUUGUCAAGAUGCAAACGACCGGCAAGACGUGCACGAUCCGCUGUAACGUGCGGACCACCACAGUGAAGGAGUUCGCGGCUCUGGUCAACGAAAAGCAGAACUCGCUUUUAUUUCCCAUUGACCCCGCGAGGAUGACCUUUUCCGGCGCAGAUCGCUUGUUCUCCACGAGUUCCGACGGGAGUCUGGCGUUGCUGACCUUCGGGGUGCGACACGCGCAAACCCUCACCAUGUUUGUGCGCGAGUUCGGGUUUGGUAAAAAUUACAUGACAACUUCGAGAAGUGCUACUGCAUCAGGAGCCAAUAAGCGGAAAUACGACUUAAUCGACGUGGAAAUUGCUGGGCUGGAAAUUCUCCCCGGAGGAAAUAACGGCCUGCAGAAGAUGGACAUUUGCGACGUCCCCGCGAACGCGACGGUCGAGCACGUGCUGUUGCGCGCCUGGUGUCAGUGUAUCCACUUUACAGGGAAGUACGACCUAGCGAACGGCCAACGGUUCAGUCCGCCCAGCGGUUGGGACCUGUGGUGUUUCAGCAGCUCCGAGUCGGAUGCGGACCACGAAAAAGGCGACGGGGUCAAGGUACGGUACGGCCAGCGGGGGGAACCGGAGGGGAAGUUUGUUGGCAUGGCGGAAGAUGGGGGACGAAGUUAUGUUUCCUCGUCUCACGAGGACCGUUCCACUGCCUUGGACGCGAGUACUUUGAAGGGCUUCGAGAUUAUGCCGCGAAAGCUGCGAAGCUGGGAAAAGCGGGAGAUGACCCGCAUGCAGGCGGUAGUGCAGUUCUUCAACGCCUUUUGCAACCGGUCCAUUGCGUACAAUUAUCCCGCCGCGGUGGGGCUGUGUCCCUUUUCCACCGAGGUACCGGACGUGGAGGAUAUCAACGUAACCGUCGCGUACGAGGACUUCCGCGAGGAGGUGGACGAUUUGAAGCCGGGGGGCGACACGGCUUUGUAUGACGCGUUGCUUGCCGCGGCGGAGGCGUUGGUGGAGUGGAAGAAGAAGAUCGUGGCACAGAAGAAACAAGCGCUGCAGGGACAGACACAGAGCAGUGGCGGGAACGACCAUCAACAACAUCUUCAAGGGACGAACAGCAACAAGAUGACUGCGAAGGAAGCAGACGCGCUGACCAACGUCGGGCUGCGAUUGAUUUGCUUUUCCGACGGAAAAGAUUCGAGCUCGGAAAGCGAACCUUAUGAGGUUACAGUGUUUUUGAUGUGUAGAAGCCCUUGGCUAUGUUUUUUCUGAUGUGUAAAAAUUGUACUGCAUGAUUUUGCGUACUUCGUUGCAUAAAAAACCGUGACGAAAAAAGCAAAAGAACUACAUCCAAAAUAAACCAAAAUCCCAGGUUGCCCAGUACUUGCAGAAGCACAAGAUUUCGAUGGAUUUGAUCAUGAUCGGCAGCGAACGAGACCGGGACGAAAACGCGCACGCGAUCGCUAAGGCGUCCGGCGGGUACGUGUUCCGUCCGAAGACGUUGCAGCAUGGCCUGCAGAUUAUGGAGCUGGAAACCAUGCUGUUUGGCGGGGAACGGCCGAUGAAUUUUGAGUGGAAGCAGCGGCGGGGGUUACCCCUAGUGAAAGACGAGGACACGUUGAGUGCCUUCACCAACCUCGUGCGCUUUCCGGUGGACCGGUGCGACCAGUCGAUCGUGCCCGCGCGGAGGCAGCCGCAGGAGCUGGAGCAGAUCGAAGGAGGCAGUUUGAAGGUGCUGGGCGUUGUGAACAAGGACAGCGACAGUCUGGAAAAAGCACUGGAUCACAUGGUGACAGGAAACAACGGUGGAUUAGAGAAGAACAAUGGCAACGCGAACAAGCAAGACGACCAGAAGGAGAAAUCCUCCGACACAUCUGCAGCGGCCGAGGACGACGCUGGAGCACCUGGGGGAGCCAAGAAGCUGUCAAAAGCGAUGAAGAAAGCUGCGGGGGAAAUGGUGAAUGGAAAAAACGCGAAACACAACGACAAAGACGAGAAGAACAAGGACAGUAAGAAAAACAGCAACAGUAAAUCAGGAGCUGCUUCUGCGAACGCCACUCAGGGGAAGAACCAGGACAGCGGAGCAGCAACUCCCAAGCCCCCGAUUCAGCAGCAAGUGGACGAAGAAGCGCGGAAGCGGUUACUCGUCGAGGUGCGCGCGCUUUCUCGUCGGCGCGCGAACCAAAACCCGCAGAUCGACAUCUACCCCACGGAACUGCUGCACUUUUGGAAGGUGGUGAUGCAGGGCCCGGACAGCAGCGCUUACCAAGGGGGGGUUUUUGAACUGUACGUCAAGUUUCCGCCGGACUACCCGGGGAAGCCGCCGGAAAUCCGGUUCACCACCCCGAUUAAACACUGCAACGUCAACGCGCACGGGAAGAUCUGCCACAGCAUCCUAGACCGCAACUGGAAUCGGGAUCGGACCGCGAGCGAGGCGUUGAACCACGUGUACGGGUUAUCGCGAGGAAAAAUGCCCCCACCCCAAAGUUGCAAAAAUUUGUGAUGCGAAGUUUCCAAAUGAAAACUUUUUGUCAUGCAUGAAAGGAGUAUGAUGAAUCUUUGUCUUUCUGAUGCAGAGUCUAGGCGUGUUUCGCAUCGCUUGCAUGACAAGCACCGUUCUUGCUGGGAUCUUUUGCAAGACAAAUUUUUGCUAUUCACGAUCGGAAAUCUGUGACGCUGAUACAUGCAAGAGGGCGAGUGUUUCAUUCGGAAAGGUUUGCAAUACAAAUGCUUUCAAGUUCGGGGGUGGGGGCGUUUUUCACUGUAAUACGGGCUACUCAUGUCGCCGGACUACGACGACCCGUUGGACUCUAUCGUAAGGAAAAAUCCCCCCUCCCCAUAUCGAAAAAGCAUCCUGUUGAAAAUUUGUGAUGCUGAUUUGUGGUCACAAAUCAGGUCUGUCUUGCGAGAGAGCAAAGCCAGAGCUUCCGCCACUUUACACAGGCGGUUUGUAAUGCUGCUGCGCUAACAGGGCAAUCGUCUGCCAUGCUGAGCGCCCAUCUCUAGCCAGCCCCUUCCAGGCUUUGUAUCUGCCUGCACUCCUCUACUGCAAGACAAAGCUGAUUUGUGUACACAAAACCCGCAAUACAGAUUGCCACUUUGAUAUGGGGAGGGGGGAUGUUUCAUGUUGAUAGACUCGGUCCUGGCUUUGCAGGCGCGGACGGAUCACGAGGCCUACCAAAUGGCGAUCCGGAAGCACGUGGCGGAACACGCGAAGGGGGUGACGCGGGAGGAAUUACGGAAAAAAUUGACGGAGGGAGGGGAGUGAGACGAAGCGGCUAUUUGAUCUGUUCGGCCUGGAUACAGGUACGAGUGUUUGUUUGGAACGGGUCUAUUUCUAAUUGUGAUACAGCGUCGUCGUGUUUUUAAUGUCGAAUCGCGAUGAUGAACUACGAAGAAAUAUUAUGAAAUCAUUUAACAGGUCGGCGCUCGUCUGGAAUUUUGGCAAUGGAGUGUCUAUUCGGGUCCUGUUAUUUUCAUCGAUUUCUGGUAACGCCACACGGCUGCCGUGGCUCUACAAUUCAUUUCUCGAAUCCGACAAGCUACGAUUCUGGAAGACUCGUGCGUGUUUUUUGAUGGAGAACAACGUCUUUACCUCUAUCGCAAAAAAGGUUUCUGGCAGAAUUGAUGUCGUCGGUCACUUAUUUGAAUUUUCCCAUUUUCGAUAAAUUUGUUGUUUUGAACGAGCUCUUAUCAUUCCACCAACUAAAAAGCCUUUCGAAAUAGUGAGAAGAUGACGUUGAGAAAUUCCCGAAUUUUGACGGAAGGUCCGAAUCGAAAUAGUAACGAAAAU